AUGCGGCAUCUCAGGUGGAUUUCUAGUCCAUUUUGUCCACAACGCCGAAUUUCCGUGACGGUUUGCUUAUCCGUCUUCCAGCUCCCUGAGUGCCAGGCCUCCAGAGUUGUACUGGUUUAUUCGAAACGGACAUCACUCACUGACAACGUCUUCGCUUUAUUACCGAAAACACCUGGCCCCCACUUUCUUCAUCGCGAUCCCUUUUCCUCCGGUUAG